UGCUGUCUGGACACUUUCACCUCAUUGCUCGGGUGAUGAAUCUGCAGCUGCUGCUGCUCCGGAGGCGACAGCAGAGUUAUUGACAAGCCGCCUGCUUUCAUUCAGUCAAUAAUCCGAGAGCCGUCGGGAUUAACGGAAGGAAGGGAUUAGUGGCCUGUUUGUGACACUAAAGCAACAGUCCAGUAAGAUGGUAGUUUUAAUAACCUUGAGGUUGUUUGCGUGUUAAAUGUGUGAGUGAGUGAGUGAAUGCAUUAUUAAAGAGGGUUAAUUAGGCGACAUAAAGGGCUUGAAGCGAGGCGGCUCUCCAGCACCGCGGUGCCACAGAGCGACAUUAAAACCGGAUGAACACGUUACCAGGCGCUUGUGCACGUGCAGUUUUAAAAUGAAGCGUUCCCGAGUUACAGUCUCGCGCACGGUGUUAAUUAAUUAGCAAACAAAUGGGAGAAGUUUCAUCUAAUUCAGUUCCUCAGGCGCGCGCUUCCACAGGGGAGUGAGGGAGGGAGUGAGGAGGCUGCAGUGGAGAGAGAGAGAGAGAGAGAGGGGGGUUUAUUCUGGACUCGGCUGUGCAGUUUACACCGUGAAAUUAACGAAAAAUAAAACAUGGCCAAACCCGAGCCGAGGAAGAGCAGCACCUUGGCCUUUGUUGGCAGAGCUGCGGUGGAGGAGCAGCAGGUCACUAACGGGCCGGCAGAGCCGCCGGUAACCGGAGCCGCUCCCGAGGCGGCGGUCAGAGUCAGACCUGCCAAACGGAGCACCGAGAGCGAGGUGUUUGACGACGGAACCAACACUUUCUUCUGGAGAGCGCACACCCUGACUGUAUUAUUCAUCCUCACAUGUGCACUGGUUUAUGUGACCUUGCUGGAGGAGACUCCACAGGACACUGCAUACAACACUAAGAGAGGGAUUGUGGCUAGCAUUCUGGUGUUCCUUUGUUUCGGAGUAACACAGGCCAAAGAUGGCCCUUUCUCAAGACCACAUCCAGCAUAUUGGCGCUUCUGGCUCUGUGUCAGCGUUGUCUAUGAACUGUUCCUCAUCUUCAUUCUUUUCCAAACGGUGCAGGACGGACGGCUGUUUAUGAAGUACAUCGACCCGAAGUUGGGUGUUCCUCUGCCAGAGAGGGACUAUGGAGGAAACUGUCUUAUCUAUGAUCCCGGAAACAGCACUGACCCCUUUCACAACAUCUGGGACAAAAUGGAUGGCUUUGUUCCUGCCCAUUUCCUUGGUUGGUACAUUAAGACACUUAUGAUCCGAGACUGGUGGAUGUGUAUGAUAAUCAGUGUGAUGUUUGAGUUUUUGGAGUACAGUCUGGAGCACCAAUUGCCAAACUUCUCUGAGUGCUGGUGGGACCAUUGGAUUAUGGAUGUGCUUGUGUGUAAUGGUUUGGGUAUAUACUGCGGCAUGAAGACGCUUGGCUGGCUUUCGAUGAAGCCGUACCAGUGGCAAGGCCUGUGGAACAUUCCUACAUACAAGGGAAAGAUAAAGCGCAUCGCAUUCCAGUUCACUCCGUACAGCUGGGUGAAGUUCGAGUGGAGACCAGCGUCUAACCUGCGCCGGUGGCUGGCAGUGCUUGGCAUCAUCUUCAUGUUCCUGCUGGCGGAGCUGAACACUUUCUAUUUGAAGUUUGUGUUAUGGAUGCCACCCGAGCAUUACCUGGUGCUGCUCAGACUCGUGUUCUUCGUUAACGUGGGUGGAGUGGCCAUGAGGGAAAUCUACGACUUCAUGGAUGACCCGAGGUUCCAUAAGAAGCUGGGUCAGCAGGCGUGGCUUGUGGCAGCCAUCACUGUAACGGAGUUUCUGAUUGUAGUGAAGUAUGACCCCAACACAAUCAUGCUACCGAUCCCCUUCUUUGUCACACAGUGCUGGAUCCUCGGCAUUGUCCUCAUCCUCACGUGGACACUGUGGCGCUUCUUUAUCCGCGACAUCACACUCCGUUACAAAGAGACACGGAGGCGUAAGCAGGAGGGCUCAGCCGAGCGGGAGCGGCCACCUGGCAACGGCAGCAAGACCCCUGUAACAUCUGGCCGCAGCAAACUGGAUGGAAACCCGGAUCCCGUACGAUUUCGCAAGUCUUGAGUGAAGAUGAGGUGGAACACUCAAUGCACAGCUGUGGCACACACUUCAAGCGUCAAGCAUCAUGUGAUUUACAUUGUGUGUAUGUCGUCCUUUCUCCCCCUGACUGUCUGAAUCAUUCCAAUGCUCACUCACUGUUAAAACACACAGGGCAACAGUGAGUUCAUGUUACAUGACAAGCAGGCGGUCAUUGUGUUUCACGAAAUUUGUUCAAUGAUGGUGGGGUUUUUUCAUGUUUUAUUGAUUGAAGCUUGAAGAUGCAGAGCAUGUCUAUCUUUAACAGGGGUGUGUGAGAGAGAGUGAGUGAGUGUCAGGAUGUGUAUGGAGAUGCUGCUCUGUUCUUCCAGAUGCCUUAUACACUUGUAUAAAACAAGAAAGGAGGUAUUAAAGUGCCAUUCCACCAUUGGAUGUAUUCUUUGGCAUAAAAUACAAUAUAUUUUAUGACAUGACUAGACAGAGAAAUCUUUUAGCUUCAAA